AUGCGCCACCAAGUGAAAGAAGAACCCACCUACAAAAUGAAUCGUGGUGCUGGUGAAAACACUUCUCGGGACCAAAGCAACGAAAAGCUCCUCGUGAAGCUCUGCCACGCUGAGCAGAUCCUCCGGACGCUGGAUUCCUAUCGGCAGGAUGGCAUCUUCACGGAUGUAGUGCUUGCAACGGAAGGGCAGGAGUUCCCUUGCCACCGUGCCGCUUUAUCGGCCAACAGUGCUUACUUUCGAGCGAUGUUUGCCCGUGGCCUGAAAGAAGGCCACCAAAAUGUCAUCAGUCUCCAGCAGAUCUCAGCACCCACCAUGAGUCUGGUCUUAGACUACAUGUACGGGGCGGAUAUAGUCAUCCAGGAAGACAAUGUGGAACGAGUUUUGGAACUUUCCAACUUGCUUCAGAUCUCCAAACUCCAGGAAGCUUGCAUUGGCUUCUUGGAAGGGCAGCUCCACCCUUCCAACUGCUUGGGCAUCAAGAGGUUCGCCAACUCCUUUUCCAUCCCAUCCCUGGUGGAGAAGAGCAAGAGGUGUCUACUGGAAGGCUUUGCGGAGGUGUCACACCACCAGGAAUUCCUGGACCUGGAGGCUGAGGAGCUAGCCGAGUGCUUGGCAGAUGAACAACUGGCUGUCCUAAAAGAAGAAGUGGUCUUCGAGGCAGCGAUGCGAUGGGUGCGCCAUGAUGUGGGUGCCCGGAAAGGGGUGUUGAAAGAUCUGCUGCAGUGUGUCCGUCUCCCUCUGUUGGACCCCUGCUACUUCGUAGAGAAGGUGGAGACGAACGAGCUUAUCCAGGCGUGCAAGGAGUGCGUUCCUUUGCUUCAAAAAGUCCGCAAGGGUUACCUCCUAGGCACUGAAGUCGGCUCUCCAUGGUCUAGACCAAGAAGAUUCAUGGAAUUAGCAGAGAUGAUAGUUGUGAUUGGUGGCUGCGAUAAAAAAGGUCUUUUGAAGCUCCCUUUCGUGGACAUGUUCCAUCCUGCAAGUGGGCAGUGGAAGCCACUCUCUAGCAUGCCAGGAUAUACUAAAUCGGAGUUUGCGUCCUGCAGCCUGAAGAACAACGUGUACAUAUCAGGAGGACAUGUCAACAGCAGUGAUGUCUGGAUGCUGAGCCCGAAGCUGAACGUCUGGAUCAAGGUUGCCUGCUUGAAGAAAGGCCGGUGGAGGCACAAAAUGGUUACUCUCCAGGGAAAGAUCUACGCAGUGGGGGGAUACGAUGGCUUUGACCGGCUGGCUAGUGUCGAAUGCUACGACUCCUUCUGCAACACUUGGACAGCUGUGGCACCUCUGGUGGAAGCCAUCAGUUCGGCUGCUGUUGUCUCCUGCCUCGACCAGCUGUACGUGAUUGGGGGUGCGGUGGACGACAGGGCCAAUACAGAUAAAGUGCAGUGCUACGAUCCAGCAACCAAUCGCUGGAGCCUUCUGUCUCCUGCCCCUUUCAGUCAGAGGUGUAUCAAUGCCGUCACACUGAACAACUUGAUUUAUGUUGCCGGAGGGCUUCUGAAUAAAAUCUUCCACUACGAUCCCCGGAAGGACACCUGGAGUGAAGUGGCAUCUCUCCCUGGGCCUCUGGAGAGCUGUGGGAUCACGGUGUGUGCUGGCAAGAUCUACAUCCUCGGGGGCAGAGAUGAGAACGGAGAAGGCACCGAGAAAGCUUUUGUUUUUGAUGUAGCCACGGGGAAAGUGGAACCACAGCCCCCUCUCCAGCGUUGUACUAGUUACCACGGUUGUGUGACCGUCCUCCAGCAUGUGACCAGAUGA